UUUUUACAGAUUUAGUUUUCGAGUCGAUAAUACGUGAUUUUAUUAAGCGGUUUCAAUAAAAUGGCAUCCUCUGAAGACUGCAAUUCCACACAUGAAAUAACCGAGCUAUCAUCUUUUAGUUUUUCCUUCUCUAUCAUUAUCUGUUUGUUAACAGUUGCAACAAAUCUAGCUGUAAUUUUCUCAUUACUUCGGAAAAAAAAUAUUUUGCGUCAGUCCACAUUUCACAAAAUUUUACUAAAUAUAGCCCUGGCAGAUCUUUUAACCGGGUUAAUUUCAGACCCCAUCUCAAUUUCAUUUCAUGGAAAAGAAAUGUUACGCAUUCCAAUUAGCUGUGCAGAAACAAAAGCACUACAUGUAACUUUGUUUAUAAUUAAUGGAACUUCAAUACUGACAAUGGUUUUACUUUGCAUAGACCGAGUAAUUGCUUUAAAAUGGCCAAUAUUGUACCGUAAUGGUUUAGCUAAUUGGAAGUGCCUGUUAGUAUUAUCAAGCACUUGGGCUCUCUCUAGUAUUUUAGUUAUCUCAUAUUUUGAAUAUGGGUAUGUAAAGUAUUUAGCAGUUUUUUCUACAACGGCCGUUGCUACGGCAUGCGUGAGUCUUUUUAUGACAAUUGGAAUUUUUCGUCUUCACAUCUUCAAUAAGAGUUCAAAAUCAGAGUUUAAUCUUUUUAAAAACACCAAAGCUAAUAAUUUAGAGAACUCCGGAAAAGAAAAUCGUAUUGAUAACAUUAGUAGUAAAGAAAACUCAAGCAACGAUACACAAAGCAAUUCAAGCAACUGUAAAGAUAAUAUUCGAACGGAAAUAAAAAGUAAGAAAAAAUUAAAAAUUGAACGUUCAGUAAACAAGUCGUUUAUUAAUAUGCUAGUUGUAUUUCUUUUGUCUUAUUUACCUGCCUGUGUCAUGAUUGCUUACAUGAACACAUGUGAUGCUUGUAAUUGUAUCUUAAUACAUGUGGCAAGAGAUUUGACAUACCUAAUCAUUUUAUCAAGUGCAUUCUUCAGACCAGUAAAUUUUAUUUAUCGCCUUAAAAUGAUCAAAGUACGCUUUAGGCUGUUUAGGUAAAUUGCAUAUUAUCAAACCGCCAUUAAAAUUAUAGUUUUUAAACAUUGUAAAGGUUAAAAUCGUUGAUAUUAUUUAGUAUAUUUGUUAGAGUUAAAGUUUUUCAUAAAGUUAAUAAAAUAAAUUUGUUAAAA